AUGAUGGUCUCACGUGGAGUGAUGCAAGAUUGCAUCCAUCGAUUGGUAAGAGUAUAUGAAGAAACAUCAGGACAAAAAAUUGAUGGUGGAGAGAAUGAUACGGAGGGUCUUUCUGCAUUUGAUGCUUGUAAAUAUUUAAUUGCCAAGAAGAUUAUGGCCACAAGAGAGAAUGAUGAUCUUAAUAAGCUUGUUAAAAUUCAUGAUAAGAACGCAAAGAAGAAGAUGUUCAAAAAAGUGGAUCCAGUUUUGAUUAGUGCUCAAAAGAAUGAUAUUGAAUUGGUUAAAAAACACAUUCUUGAACUUGAAAUGUUAUCAAAGAGAAAAUAUGAAAGAGACGCAAAGAACAAAAAGGAUGACUCUACAACAUCGCAUUUACUUGAAGGAGCUGAUGAGUUAGAUAAUGAAAAUAAGGAAAAUGGUGGGUUAGCUGGAGUAGUUUUGGAACAAGACCUUCCUGAUGAUGCCACUCGUUCAAAUUUACCACAAAUUGAUAUUUCAACAGCCAUGUUGAAAGUCCAAGAUAUUCAAAAACAAAUUGAUCAAGGCUUGGAUGUAUUCAGCAAGAAACUCGAUGACUUGCACCAAAUGUCUAUUAACAUAGGAUCUGAACUCACCGAACAAAAUAUGCUUUUGAAGAAUAUUGAAGAUAAGGUCGAUAAGGAAAUUGAAAGAUUGAAGAAUCUUAAUGAAAGAGUUGAUAACGCUCUCGACAAGGAUAGACUUGUUCUGAAACGUUUAUCAGAACAGAAAGCUUCUAUCGCAUCAAUAACAGCAGCAUCAAACGAUGUUCCUACAGUUCCAACAACAAGAACAACAUUUUCUAGGACUGAAUCAAGAAGUACCCGAUCACAAACAAGAUCACAAUCCAUUCCCUCAAAAACACCUUCCCAACCACAAAGAACCAAACCACAAAGAUCCGAAAGCUCCCCUAGGUUACACCACGUCAUUAAAAAACCAACAACCACGCAAACAAUUUCUCCUCUCUCCCUCAUCAACUUUGAUACAACAUCUUUUCCAACAGAACAAAGGAAUGUAAGGCCAACAGUGCAACGUUUUCAAGUUGAGCAACAAUACUUGGCCAAAAUUCCUCCAAGACAAACAGCCUCUCUUAAUAUCAAUAAUUUAUUUUCGGACUUGGAAAGUGGAGGAGGCUCAUCUAGGUCAGGCACUCCACUAGCUCAAACACCUGUUUUUACUCCAACACCAACCAAAAGUUUUGAAAUUCCGUCACUAUCCAGUAAAUUUGCCAGAUUAUCACCAAAUAGAGUUCGUUUUGGAGAGGAUGAGGACUAUUAUGAGGAAGAAAGUGUGAUUUCUGACCAGAAUUCAUCUUCAAUUGGAACCACUGAUGGACCUCUUCUACUACCUGAAGUAAGUGAGCUUACACACUCACUUGUGGAUGCAAUUGAUGAAAUUAACAAAGAUAGCAGAUCAUCACUAGCAACAAAAACUCCUGAUGUUGUCACUAAAACACUCAACAAGCUCAUUAGAUCGGAUUCCAAAGUCUCAGAAUUCACAACCACAAAAUCAAGCAAUAAUGUUUCUGUAAAUACGAAUACUUAUUUAUAUAACCCAAACAUACCAGUAAGAGAAUUGUACAGUAGAGAAAAAGCAAGAUUAAGCUUGCUCAAAUUUGUCACAGAAAAAGAAAUUGAAGAGAAAAACAAACUUGCAGCUGAAAAACUUCGAAAAGAACUUGCUUCUUCUCAAUUAAGAGUUUUAAAAUGGAAAGAGAAGAAAGAGCUGCAAAAUGAUAACAUUAGAAAAGAAGUAAUGCAAUCAAAAGAAUUGAUAAAAAUCAGAAAUGAAGAACAAGAUCUUAUUAACGCUGCUAAAGUCAGUAAGAGAAGAAAAGAGAACAGUGAAUCGAAAGAAAAAACCAAGAUAGUGGAAGAACAAUCUAAGGAGUUUGUGACCUAUAAUAACAUGUUAGCAAAGCAAUUAUUAACAAAAUACAAACAAAAACAACAAGACAAAAUUGUACAGGAUAAAUAUAACAAGGUAACCGAGAAGAGAAAUAGAGAAAUAAGUGCCAAGAUACAAACUGGAGCACUUACUCUGUACGAAAUUGAUGAAAUGAGACACAUCAAUAGAAAGAAGAAAGAAAUUACUCAGAGACAAUUGGAGAACGUAAAACAAGCUGAAUACGAAAAGGCUCAAACAAAGGUUUUGAAGGUUAAGGUUGACAAAUACAUGGGUGACUUGGAGAAACAAAAGAGAGAAGAGGAAGAAAGAGUCGCUAGAGAGCAUAGAAGGAUUGCUCGUCAAAAGCUGAGAGAAUUAGAAAAGCUUCAAAGAUCCCAAACAAAAUAUGGAACUGCCCAACCUUCUAGACCUGUUUUUACAGACAUAAGAUCUGGAAGAACCUAUGUGAGAGAGGAAAUUCUUAGUAGAGCAUCAGAGUAUUCCUAUUUUGAUGUUGAUGAUUACACUGAUUCAGAAAACGAUGAUCAACCAGUUGUAGUAGUUGCCAAGUCUACUUCAGUACCUAAGGGAACCUUAGGAAAUAUCAACAUUGAUUUGAGUCACUUGAACUCGAAUAACAUUGACCCAUAUGAUCCUCUUGAUUCUGCUAGAUCUUCACUUUCAGCUAGAAUGUCUGCAGGAACAUUUUCUCCCCAAAACUUCAAAGUGGCCACCAAUUUUAUACCUUACAGUCCUAGGAGUCAAACUUUCUCAACAAUUUCCAGUAAUAACUCUUCAUUGUUGGCUGAAAAAACUAGACUAUCCCCCAACAAGGCCAAUAAUGUUCAAAUUCAAAUUCCUUUCACAACUAUACCAAUCGAUAACUAUUUAUAG